ACUCACAAUCUCCUCCUUAGAUCCAGCUGAGCUCUCAUCUCCUCUCAACAUGGCCUACAGCUGCUGCUCUGGAAACUUCUCCUCCCACUCCCUCAGGAGCUGCCUUCCCUCCUCAGGAUCCUGCCUUGCCUCUUCCUACCCCAGCAACCUGGUCUACACCACUACCAGCUGCUCUCCCAGCACCUGUCAGCUUGGAUCCUCUCUGAACAGUGGCUGCCAGGAGACCUGCGUCGAGCCCAUCAGCUGCCAGAGGUCCUGUGUGGUGUCCAGCCCCUGCCAGAAGCCCUGCUACUACCCCAGGAGCUACACACCCUGCAGUCCCUGCCAGGGGACAUAUGCUGGCUCGCUGAGCUUUGGGUCCAGAAGCUGCAGUUCCCUGGGUUAUGGAUCUAGAAUCUGCUACCCAGUGAGCUAUGGGAAAUUGUGGCUCAGAUCCCUGACCAUUGGAGUUCUAUGGCUUCCUUCCCUGAGUUAUGGGUCCAGAUGUUACUACCCAACCUACUUGGCUUCUGGUUCCUGCCAACCAUGUACAGACCAAGCUGUGGAUUAGCCUCUAUGAAACCAACUGUUAAGCCUCCUAUAUCAGUCUAUGCUCUCAAGAUGUUUUCCUGCUUAACCAUUCCUGAUAUCUUACCAUCCUUCCAUUAACAGCUUCUCUCUUCUCUAAAUUCUGGCAGAUUGUGAGAUUAGUGGGUAAACUGAUAUUGUCUAGAUGUUGUUACUCAAGGUGCUGCAGAUCCAGUGGCUUUAGAUCUCUGCAUUAUGGAGCACGUGGCUUCCUGUCCCCCAGUUAUGGGUCCAGGUUCUUCUACUCAGUGUACUUGGCUUUUAUUCCAUUUCAACCUCACACAUUUAAGCAGUGGAUCUGGCGUUUUUCCAUGCACCUGUUUCAUCUUUGUAGUCUUUCAAUAUCAAAGUCACAGUCUCUAUGUCCUUUGGCUGUUGUUUUUGUUCUUAUUCCUUACCAUUGUCUUGUCAACUGUCCAUCAACUACUUCUUUCAUCCUCAACCUCUGGCAAAUUCUCGGAUUCAAGAUAACUCAAAAAAUAUGCUUUACUGUGUGUACUCUCAAAUAUAUAUAUUUGGCUUUCAUCUAAAAAUGAAAAUUUUAAUCAAAUAAAUUUGAUUUCUG